AUGAUCUCUCAGCUACCUGUAACACUCGAACAUCUUUAUAAUGGUGCUACCAAAAAACUAAAAGUUACACGUCAUAUCAUAUGUCCUGGAUGCGAUGGUGUUGGCGGUGUGAAGGGGAGUGUCACUGAGUGCUCAACUUGUAAAGGACGUGGUGUGCAAGUUCAUGUGGUGCAGAUAGUACCUGGUUUAGUUCAACAAACGCAGUCGACUUGUUCGGUUUGUAGAGGCGAAGGUUCGGUGAUACCUGACAAAGAUAAAUGCAAGAAAUGUAAUGGUCAGAAGAAGAUUCGUAAUGAAGAGAUCCUCAAAGUGGAAAUUGAUAAGGGUAUGAGAGAUGGACAGAAGAUUGUUUUCUCGGGACAAGGUGAUCAAGAG